CUCAACACUCUUUUCCUGUCGUAUUUUACACGCUGCCCUGCGUUGCCUUCCAGUCUCCCAGGGCGCCCCUUUAACUUACCUUUUUUUGAACCUUUGCACCUGUAGCAUCUCGGUACGCGACGACCGUCGACCCAUCGCCUUCGUUCCUGAAUCGACUCUGCGCCUUCCCCUCUCUCCCCAAUCUUCAUACCAUCGUUGCGUUACUUACCCGCUCGCUACCUCACCUUUCACAAUGGCUACGAACGGUAUUCCCACCACUAUCCCCUCCCCUACCAGGGCGGCCCCGGUGCCCCAUGCCAAGCCGUCGUCAUCCGGAUCGGACCUUUCUCGCCAAGCUCCAUCUGACUCUGUGGCUGCAGCUCCUCCAGCUAGUGACAACAAGAACAUUGUCCGUCGGAAGCUGACGGGCUACGUUGGUUUUGCCAACUUGCCCAAUCAGUGGCACCGCAAGAGCGUGCGCAAGGGCUUCAACUUCAACGUCAUGGUCGUCGGUGAAUCCGGCCUGGGAAAGUCGACGCUCGUCAACACCCUGUUCAACACUUCUCUGUACCCCCCGAAGGAGCGCAAGGAGCCCAGCCUCGACAUCAUCCCGAAGACCGUUACCAUCCAGUCCAUCAGCGCGGAUAUCGAGGAGGCGGGUGUGCGUCUGCGGCUCACCGUGGUCGACACGCCUGGCUUUGGUGACUUUGUCAACAAUGACGAGUCUUGGAGGCCGAUUGUCGACAACAUUGAGCAGCGCUUCGACGCUUACCUGGAUGCCGAGAACAAAGUCAACCGCAUGAACAUUGUCGACAACCGCAUCCAUGCCUGCGUCUUCUUCAUCCAGCCGACAGGCCACUCGCUCAAGCCGCUGGACAUUGAGGUCAUGAAGCGCCUGCACACCAAGGUCAACCUGAUCCCGGUCAUUGCCAAGGCCGAUACUCUCACCGAUGAGGAGGUCGCUGCGUUCAAGGCCAGAAUCCUCGCCGAUAUCAACUACCACAAAAUCCAGAUCUUCGAGGGCCCUCGCUACGAGCUCGACGAUGAGGAGACGAUCGCCGAGAACAAUGAGAUCAUGUCCAAGGUUCCCUUCGCCGUGGUUGGCGCCAACACCGAGGUUACCACGGCCGAUGGGCGCAAGGUUCGCGGCCGUAGCUACCCUUGGGGCGUCAUCGAGGUGGACAACGAGGAGCACUGCGACUUCGUCAAGCUGCGCCAGAUGCUCAUUCGCACCCACAUGGAAGAGCUCAAGGAGCACACCAACAACAUCCUCUACGAGAACUACCGGACCGACAAGCUGCUUGCUAUGGGCGUCUCGCAAGAUCCCAGCGUCUUCAAGGAAGUCAACCCUGCCGUGAAGCAGGAGGAGGAGCGCCACCUCCACGAGCAGAAGCUUGCCAAGAUGGAGGCCGAGAUGAAGAUGGUCUUCCAGCAGAAGGUGUCCGAGAAGGAAGCCAAGCUGAAGCAGAGCGAGGAGGAGCUGUACGCCCGCCACCGGGAGAUGAAAGAGCAACUCGAGCGGCAACGGCUCGAGCUCGAGGAGAAGAAGGCGAGGCUCGAGAGCGGACGGCCUCUGGAGAAGGAGCCCAAGAGGAAGGGGUUCUCUCUCCGAUAAUCUCGCCCACCCUCCGUCUUCUCUUGCCUCUCUAUGACUUGUCUCAGUAUCAUGAUGCCUCAACAAUACCAGCUCGCCGCCUCUUUUCUUUUUGCCUGUUUGUUUUCUCAUACUCUUUCCUUCAUCCUAAUCACCACCCCUUAAUUCUGCAGGAACGGCCACCCGGAAGGCGGCCGAGGAGUUCCUGCAACGGUGUAUUCCGGGUUUUGGAGGAGGUGCUUCGCUGUCGGCAACGAAAAUGGCCUAGACAAGGUCCCGGGAGAGACCAUGGCUUCUUUCGCUUUGGAAUGACGGUCUGGUCAACGCUUGUGGAACAUUACAACACGAUCUACUUGGCCUAAUCGGGAACUGGAAACGAUGUCUCAAUACCCGACCACUUUCAGAACAAGAUUAUCACCGUUUCCGGUGGGGAGGGCGAUAAGGGGGGGAUGUAUUUCCGAGCAUGGACAUGAGGAUCGGACUCUACGGCGGCCGGAGACAUCGAGAAAGCCAGAUUCGAGCGGAGUUCGCGGCGUUGUUUUUUUCUGGAGCGUGCCCUCGACCAAAGACAGCGAAGACAUCUUCGCUCGAUCAGCCUCGACUGCCCGGUCGGCCGACUCGAGUGACCAAGGGAUACCCGGCUGUUUCAUUAUCUGCGAGAGUUGGAGGACGGGCCGUCCAUUGAAGUUUGGGGACAAUCAGACGGAAACAGGGCAAGGAGGAUUGCUCGGAUCAGGGCGCCAUUAUACCCCCUCCCGGCUUAACCACCCGCCGUCUUUCCUCUAUUUCUCUUUGACACCCCGGAUGGUCAACUCCGGUUCUCACACACUGGCUGUCGCCACGAGUUCUUUGACUUGUUUUCCUAGCCAUCUUUUUUUGCCCGCGCAGUCUGCCUUAGCUUUUCUUGCUGUCGUUGUUUAGUUUAGUGUCUGUCUGGAAUACAAAAGCUCAC